GUCCACCGCCGUAUCAAUAAUAUUUUGGGUCAUAGAAUUGAGUUUAUUUUCCAAAGUAGGGCCAUCGGCAGUCCUAUCCCUCAUCACCAUAAUCCUCCUCCAAAGCAUUUGCCGGCCUAGCUCUUUUAGCAUCUCUAUCCGCAUCAAUCUCCUCCUCCUUCUUCCCAUCUCCAUCAUCACCAUCCUCUCCGAAGUCCAGCUCCAGCUCAUCCUGCUCUCCGAUUCGAAUCCAUGGCUAGCUGGCUAUACGCACCAACACAAACCCUCCCGCCGGUGAGGCUAGAUGGCGUCGCCCGCCGCGGUGGUACGGCUGCGGGAGCUGGCGCUGGCGCUGGCACCCAGGGCGGAGCUCUCUGCCGCCGUCGCGGCCACGCUCGCCGAGUGCUGCACAGGCCUCCUCCAUGCUGGCAGUGGGGACACUGAGGCAGUGCAUGCGGCGCUCGACGCGCUUUUCGCCGCGGGCGGAGGGUACGCGAUGCGGUGCCACGCCGACGGGCUCGCGCCGCUGGUCUUGGACGGCGACCUGGCCGUGCGGGAGGCCAUCAGGAGAGCAGGAACAUUGGGUCAGUAUGAAGAAUCCUGUUACUAUCUGAAGAACAGAGUUACGGAAGAAGCACGAGGUGAGAACAGGCGCAUCAGUCGAAUGAGUAUCCUGCAAAAUAGUGACUUUUUCAUAGCAAACAUGCAUCUGGUAGUGUGACGAAACUGUGUUGGCUUUAGAAAUUAUCCAGUGCUAUGUUUGUUGCCGCUUCUUCAUUGUUACGUGGUGCGAUGAACAUUAGAGUUCCUGACUUGCGAGACUAGGAGGACCGGAGGAGCGCCGAGAUUGACACAGUCCUGAAGCACAAUCUGUCUUGUGUCUUCAAAGUCUGUCUUGUGUCUUGACUUUUUUUUGGACAACUGUCUUGUACUCGGAUCCACAUUCUUUUGAGAUACUGUCAUACUGAGCAUAUCUUGUUGGUACUGAUUAGGUGAGUUUUUGUACGUAUAUGUAUAUGCUAACUGAAGAAGGGGGAGGCACUGCUCGUGAUUGUCUUUCACGGUCUGGAUUAGGCGAUUCUGUAGGACCUUUAAUUACAACCAGUGCUCAGAACAUAUCUGCUGCAAGUCAUAAUUCAGAGCAUUUUUGCACGAGUCCUGCUGUUGCUGAAACAAUGUCAUUAUGUCAGGACCUUUUAUGACUACUUGUAGAUCCAGCACAUCUAAUCUUGUUUGCGGCAGUUCUACAGUUACAAAUCCUAUGAGUUGGUAUUUCCGGUUUAAAUUAUCGGUUCCCAAUACCGCCG